AACAAAACAACAACAACAACAACAAAAAAUUUAAAAAUCGAAAACAAUUUCGAUCGAUAAAGUGGAUUACCUACAGCAAUGCAAUUUAAUUGGCACCGCCAAUCCCCUCCACCACAUAGAAAUCGGAAUAACAAUCGGAUUCGGAUUUGGAUUAACAAAAUGAUGGCUCUGCCAAUAUUGAUGCUGCUGCUUAUGUUGCAAGCAACUAGCAGCAGUGUUCAAGCAACGGAAACCUCCGUCGUGCUGGCCACCGUAUCCUGCACAACCUUGGGCUGCAAAAAUGGUGGCACUUGCAUAACGCACACAAAUGGCAAAUCCUAUUGCAAUUGCGAUGCACGUUACGUUGGUGACUACUGCGAACAUCGAAAUCCUUGCUUGACCAUGGGCCAUGGACGUUGCCAAAAUGGCGGCACCUGUCAGGUGGCAUUUCGCAACGGCCGACCCGGCAUCUCGUGCCAAUGUCCAUUGGGUUUUGGUGAAUCGUUAUGCGAGAUAGCCGUGGCGAAUGCAUGUGAUCAUACGCGCUGCUUUAACGGUGGCACAUGUCAACUGAAAACAUUGCAGGAAUACACUUGUGCCUGUGCCAAUGGCUACACGGGUGAGCACUGUGAAACGCAAAAUCUGUGCGCCAGUUCGCCGUGUCGCAAUGGCGGCACCUGCUCAGCACUGGCCGGCAGCAGCAGCUUCAGUUGCAAAUGCCCACCUGGAUUCACGGGUCACACUUGCUCGGAAGAUGUCGAGGAAUGCCAAUCGAAUCCCUGCCAGUAUGGUGGCACUUGCCUCAAUACCCAUGGCUCUUACAAAUGCAUGUGUCCAGCUGGUUAUACGGGCAAGGAUUGUGAUACCAAGUAUAAACCGUGCUCACCAUCACCAUGUCAAAAUGGUGGCACUUGCCGUGCCAAUGGUCUGACCUACGAUUGCAAAUGUCCCAGAGGAUUCGAAGGAAAGAAUUGUGAACAGAAUAUCGAUGAUUGUCCAGGUAAUCUUUGUCAAAACGGUGGCACCUGUGUCGAUGGCAUUUACGACUAUCGUUGCAAUUGUCCGCCAAAUUUCACGGGCCGUUAUUGCGAGGAUGAUGUGGACGAGUGUGCGAUGCGGCCGUCGGUUUGCCAAAAUGGAGCGACAUGCACGAACACGCACGGCUCGUACAGUUGCAUCUGUGUGAACGGAUGGACAGGAAGCGAUUGCAGUGUCAAUAUCGAUGAUUGUGUCCAGGCGGCAUGUUUCAAUGGGGCCACCUGUAUUGAUGGUGUUGGGAGUUUCUAUUGCCGCUGUACCCCCGGUAAAACGGGUCUAUUGUGCCAUUUGGAAGAUGCCUGCACCUCGAAUCCCUGCCAUGCGGAUGCCCUCUGCGAUACCAGCCCGAUAAAUGGAUCAUAUGCUUGCUCAUGCGCCACCGGUUAUAAGGGCGGAGACUGCUCUGAAGAUAUUGAUGAAUGUGAUCAGGGAUCGCCGUGCGAGCACAAUGGCAUCUGCGUGAAUACUCCGGGCAGCUUCAUGUGCAAUUGCUCGCAGGGAUUUACGGGUCCACGCUGUGAGACGAACAUCAACGAAUGUGAAUCGCAUCCGUGUCAAAAUGAGGGCAGUUGUCUGGACGAUCCGGGUACCUUCCGAUGUGUCUGCAUGCCUGGCUUUACGGGAUAUCAAUGUGAAAUCGAUAUCGAUGAGUGCCAAUCGAAUCCGUGUCUAAACGACGGCACCUGUCACGAUAAAAUUAACGGCUUUAAGUGCAGCUGCGCCCUGGGCUUUACGGGAUCUCGGUGUCAGAUCAAUAUUGAUGAUUGCCAAUCGCAGCCAUGCCGAAAUCGCGGCAUCUGCCACGAUUCCAUAGCCGGCUACAGCUGCGAAUGUCCACCGGGUUACACUGGAGCUAGUUGCGAGAUAAAUAUCAACGAUUGUGACUCGAAUCCGUGUCAUCGUGGCAAAUGCAUUGACGGCGACAAUAGCUACAAAUGUGUCUGUGAUCCGGGUUAUACGGGCUAUCUCUGUCAAAAGCAGAUCAAUGAGUGCGAAUCGAAUCCCUGUCAAUUUGGUGGUCAUUGUGUAGACCGUUUGGGGAGCUACCUAUGCCAUUGUCUGCCCGGCACAAGCGGCAAGAAUUGUGAGAUCAAUGUGAACGAAUGCCACAGUAAUCCCUGCAAUAAUGGUGCCACCUGUAUCGAUGGCAUCAAUUCGUACAGUUGUCAGUGCGUUCCCGGAUUCACUGGUCAGCACUGCGAGCAGAAUAUCGACGAAUGCGCCUCAAGUCCGUGUGCCAAUGAUGGUGUCUGCAUUGAUUUGGUCAAUGGCUAUAAAUGCGAAUGCCCACGUGGAUUCUAUGAUGCCCGCUGUUUGAGUGAUGUCGAUGAAUGCGCCUCUAAUCCGUGUGUCAAUGAUGGACGCUGCGAGGAUGGCGUCAAUGAUUUCAGUUGCCGUUGUCCACCGGGUUACAAUGGCAAACGAUGCGAACUGGAUAUCGACGAGUGUAGCAGUAAUCCGUGCCAGCAUGGCGGCUCAUGCUUUGAUAAGCUCAAUGCCUUCAGUUGCCAAUGCAUGCCCGGUUAUACGGGUCACAAAUGCGAGACGAAUAUCGAUGAUUGUCUGAGUAAUCCGUGCGGUAAUGGUGGCACCUGCAUCGACAAGGUAAAUGGCUAUAAGUGUGUCUGCAAGGUUCCAUUUACGGGCCGGGACUGUGAGAGCAAACUGGAUCCGUGUGCCAGCAAUCGUUGCCGCAAUGAGGCCAAAUGCACACCAAGUCGCAAUUUCCUUGACUUCUCAUGCACCUGCAAAGUUGGCUACACGGGACGCUAUUGUGACGAGGAUAUCGAUGAAUGUGCCCAGAGUUCACCGUGCCGGAAUGGAGCCAGUUGCCUGAACAUCGCCGGAUCCUACAGAUGUCUCUGCACAAAGGGCUAUGAGGGACGGGACUGCGCCAUCAAUACCGAUGAUUGCGCCUCGUUUCCCUGCCAAAAUGGUGGCACCUGCCUAGACGGGAUUGGCGAUUAUAGCUGCCUGUGCGUCGAUGGUUUCGAUGGCAAACACUGUGAGACGGAUAUCAAUGAGUGCCUGAGCUUGCCCUGCCAAAAUGGAGCCACCUGUCAUCAAUAUGUGAACAGUUAUACAUGCACAUGUCCCCUGGGAUUCAGUGGCAUCGAUUGUCAGACCAAUGACGAGGAUUGCGCGGAGAGAUCGUGUCUCAAUGGCGGCAGUUGCAUCGAUGGCAUUAAUGGCUACAAUUGCAGUUGCCUGGCCGGCUACAGUGGGGCCAAUUGUCAAUAUAAGCUGAACAAAUGUGAUUCCCAGCCAUGUCUCAACGGAGCGACAUGUCAUGAGCAACGUGAUGAGUACACCUGCCAUUGUCCCAGUGGUUUUACUGGAAAACAAUGCUCAGAUUAUGUGGACUGGUGCAGUCAAUCGCCAUGCGAGAAUGGGGCCACCUGUAGCCAGGUGAAGCAUCAAUUCAAUUGCAAGUGUUCGGCGGGAUGGACCGGAAAAUUGUGCGAUGUGCAGACGAUCAGCUGUCAGGAUGCGGCCGAUCGCAAGGGACUGAGCUUGCGGCAAUUGUGCAACAAUGGCACUUGCAAGGAUCACGGCAACAGCCAUGUCUGCUACUGCUCCCAGGGAUAUGCAGGCAGCUAUUGUCAGCAGGAGAUCGAUGAGUGUGCCUCACAGCCGUGCUAUAAUGGCGGCACUUGUCACGAUCUGAUCGGUGCUUACGAGUGCAAGUGUCGCGAUGGCUUCGAGGGCCAGAACUGUGAGAUUAAUAUCGAUGACUGUGCCCCAAAUCUAUGUCAAAAUGGUGGCACCUGCCACGACCUGGUCCUGAACUACAGUUGCAGUUGUCCACCCGGAACACUGGGCAUGCUAUGUGAACUGAAUCAGGAUGACUGUGUGGCUGGGGCAUGCCACAAUAAUGGCAGUUGCAUAGAUCGUGUCGGAGGCUUCGAAUGUAAUUGUCCGCCCGGAUUUGUGGGAGCCCGCUGUGAAGGCGACAUCAAUGAAUGCCUAAGUAAUCCCUGCUCCAAUGCUGGCACCCUGGAUUGCGUGCAAUUGGUUAAUAACUUCCAUUGCAACUGCCGCCCUGGUUAUAUGGGUCGCCACUGUGAGCACAAGGUCGAUUUCUGUGUCCAGUCGCCAUGCGAAAAUGGUGGUCACUGCAGUCCCAAGCAAAUUGGCCAUCACUGCCUUUGCCCAGACGGGUAUUAUGGCAAGAAUUGUGAGUUCAGUGGACAGGAUUGCGAUUCGAAUCCGUGCGAGGCGGGCAAAUGUCAGAUCGAUGACCAGAAUAUGAUUGGCUAUCGGUGUGAGUGUCCACGCGGAACGGCCGGAGAGCGUUGUGAAAUCGAUACCAUGGACGAGUGCCAGCCAAAUCCGUGUCUCCAGGGAGCAGCUUGCGAUAAUCUUCUGGGUGACUACGAGUGCCUGUGCCCGAGCAAAUGGUCCGGUAAACGGUGCGAGACAUAUGACUUAUCCUAUCCUGGCUGGAGUGGAGCGAGUAACAAGUAUUCAAUUGAUUUGGAACAACAACGAGCCAUGUGCACGAAGCGGGGAUGUCCCGAGAAAAUGGGCAACGGCAUUUGCGACAAGGAAUGCAACAGCUAUGCCUGUGAGUUCGAUGGCAAUGACUGCUCGCUGGGCAUCAAUCCGUGGGCUAAUUGCUCCGAUCCGGAUUGUCGGCGAACGUUCAUGGAUGGCCAAUGUAACGAGCAGUGCAACAAUGCCGCCUGCCUCUACGAUGGACGCGACUGUGAGCAGACACUGAAGCGUUGUAACACCAUCUAUGAUGCCUACUGCCAGAGUCACUAUGCCAACGGACUCUGUGACUAUGGCUGCAACAAUGCCGAAUGCAGUUGGGAUGGCCUCGACUGUGAGCAGCAGGACAUAUCCCCACAAUUGGCCGAAGGCGCCAUGUCGAUCAUCAUGCUGAUGGAUAAUAAAGAAUUUGAGGAUCAGAAGGCCAAAUUUCUGAGAGAGAUCAGUUAUGUCUUGCGCACGAAUGUGCAAAUCAAGAAGGAUUCGCGAGGCAAUGAUAUGAUCUUCAUGUGGCGAGGGUCGACACCGAUGCAAAGUGAAAUCCAGGAUACGGAUUUCAUACGCAAACACAAAAUUGUGUCCACCCAGCGGCAGGGACAGACGGGAAUACAGAUUUUCCUGGAAAUUGAUAAUCGCAAGUGCACGGAAUGCUUUAAUCGCGCCGCCGAAGCGGCCGAUUUCUUGGCCGCUACAGCGGCAAUGCGCUCCAUGAAUUUCCCCAUCUACAAGGUGAAUGGUGUACCCAGUCCUGAUGACUAUGAUGGCGGCAUGGAUGGGGCAUCGGCGAAUGUUAAGUAUGUGAUAACCGGGAUUAUUCUGGUGAUCAUUGCGUUGGCCUUUGUCGGCAUGGUGCUGAGUACGCAGCGAAAGCGUGCCCAUGGUGUCACCUGGUUCCCGGAGGGAUUCCGUGCCCCAGCCGCUGGCAUUAUGUCGCGUCGUCGUCGCGAUCCCCAUGGACAGGAGAUGAGAAAUUUGAAUAAACAGCAACAGGGUGUCUUGGCGGGUCAUCAGGGUGUGGGUGGAGGCAUGGUUACAUCCGCUUCGGGUCAUCAUUGGUCCGACGAUGAAUCGGAUAUGCCACAACCGAAGCGACAGCGCAACGAACCCGUCUCUAUGCUGGGCGGUCUGAAUAUGGCUGGGACCAAUGGUGGCUAUACCAGUGAUCACACCAUGGUCAGUGAGUACGAGGAGGCGGAUCAGCGUGUCUGGUCACAGGCUCAUCUGGAUGUUGCCGAUGUGAGAGCCAUUAUGACACCGCCAACACAUCAGGAUGGUGGCAAGCAUGAUGUGGAUGCCCGGGGACCAUGUGGCCUGACGCCUUUGAUGAUUGCCGCUGUUCGUGGCGGUGGCCUGGAUACGGGCGAGGAUAUCGAUACAAACGAUGAUAGCACUGCUCAGGUUAUAUCCGAUCUAUUGGCGCAGGGAGCCGAACUGAAUGCCACCAUGGAUAAGACGGGAGAGACUUCAUUGCAUUUGGCUGCCCGUUAUGCCAGAGCGGAUGCGGCCAAGCGUCUCCUCGAUGCCGGAGCCGAUGCCAAUUGUCAGGAUAAUACUGGAAGAACACCGCUGCAUGCCGCCGUGGCAGCCGAUGCCAUGGGUGUAUUCCAGAUUCUUUUAAGGAAUCGGGCCACCAAUUUGAAUGCUCGCAUGCACGAUGGAACGACCCCACUCAUCCUAGCUGCGCGGUUGGCCAUCGAGGGCAUGGUCGAGGAUCUAAUUACGGCCGAUGCGGACAUUAAUGCGGCCGAUAACUCCGGCAAGACGGCACUUCAUUGGGCAGCGGCAGUCAACAAUACCGAAGCUGUUAACAUUCUCCUUAUGCAUCAUGCCAACCGAGAUGCCCAAGAUGAUAAGGAUGAGACGCCAUUGUUCUUGGCCGCUCGCGAGGGCAGCUACGAGGCGUGCAAAGCUCUGCUGGAUAACUUUGCCAAUCGUGAGAUUACCGAUCAUAUGGAUCGUCUUCCCCGCGACGUGGCCAGUGAGCGGCUGCAUCAUGAUAUUGUACGCCUGCUGGACGAGCAUGUGCCACGUUCACCGCAAAUGCUGAGCAUGACACCGCAAACGAUGAUCGGUUCUCCGCCACCGGGUCAGCAGCCGCAAUUGAUAACCCAACCGACGGUCAUCACCGCCGGCGCCGGCAAUGGGGGCAUUGCUGGCAGCAAGCAGAGCAGUCAAACGGCCAAACAGAAGGCUGCCAAAAAGGCCAAACUCAUCGAGGGUAACAAUAGUCCGGAUAACCUUUUGGAUGCUGCAGCCCUCGUGGGUGCUGUCGGUGCUGGUAGUUUGCGUCGCAAGGCGAGCUCAAAAAAGGCAAAUGCGGCUUCAAAAAAGGCCAUGAACGGCGGUAUAGGCAUGAAUGGGAUGAAUCCUCAGCAGUUGAUGAGCAACAACAACAACAACAACAGCCAGCCAGGAGUACAACAACAGCAGCAGCAACAGCAGCAACAAGUGCAACAGCAGCCACCACCAACAACAACAACAACAACAACAACAAAUGGAACAUCAGGAGGGGGCGGAACGACGACGGGUCCGGAACAAAUGGAUCAAUCACCCACGGGCAAUCUAUCGAGUCCCUACGAUACCAGCUCAAUGUACUCGAAUGCCAUGGCAGCACCGCCGAACAACAAUGGCACCAAACAGCCGCCGAGCUAUGAGGAUUGCAUCAAGAAUGCCCAAUCCCUACAAUCAUUGCCAGUUGGCAAUGGCCUCGACAUGAUUAAGCUGGAGAAUUAUGGCUACUCCAUGGGUUCGCCAUUUCAGCAGGAUAUGCUUAAUGGUCAAGCAGGAAACGGGGGCGUUGGAGGAGGUCUUGGAGGCAUGAACAAUAUCGGUCGCAGCACGAACACCCUAUGCGGCGGUCUGAUCCCCAAUAAUAAUGGCCAUGAACAGGGUCUCAGUCCACCCUACUCGAAUCAAUCGCCACCGCAUUCAGUGCAAAGCAGUUUGGCCCUAUCGCCACAUGCCUAUUUGGGCUCACCAUCGCCGGCCAAAUCGAGACCCAGUUUGCCCACCUCACCGACCCAUAUACAGGCCAUGCGUCAUGCCACACAACAGAAGCAAUUUGGCAGCAAUUUGAACAGUCUUUUGGGUGGCAGCAGCCAGGGACCACAGAGUUCACCCGUCAGUCUGGGCAUUAUAUCGCCCACGGGCAGUGAUAUGGGCAUUAUGUUGGCUCCACCACAAUCCUCCAAGAGCAGUGCAAUAAUGCAAUCGCUAACGCCCCAACAACAACAGCAGCAGCAGCAACAGCAGCAACAACAACAGCAGCAACAGCAGCAACAACAGCAGCAACAGCAACAGCAGCAACAAGCAAUUGGAGGCCUGGAAUUCGGUUCAGCAGGUUUGGACUUGAAUGGAUUUUGUGGAUCUCCGGACUCAUUUCACUCGGGUCAAAUGAAUCCGCCUUCGAUACAAAGUUCAAUGUCCGGCUCAUCACCUUCAACCAAUAUGCUAUCGCCAUCAUCGCAACAUAAUCAACAGGCCUUCUAUCAGUACCUAACGCCACCUAGCCAACAUUCGGGCGGCCAUACGCCACAGCAUUUGGUUCAGACACUGGAUAGCUAUCCAACACCCUCACCCGAAUCGCCCGGUCAUUGGUCAUCCUCAUCGCCGCGUUCGAAUUCAGAUUGGUCAGAGGGUGUACAAUCGCCGGCGGCGAAUAACCUCUAUAUAUCCGGUGGACAUCAGGCCAAUAAGGGAUCUGAGGCCAUUUACAUUUGACCAUAACACACAUACACACACCCCAUACCCACACCCACACCCACACAUCUAACAUUAAAAAUCGAAUAAUAGAAAUAAUAUAAGGAUAACAAUUACUCUAAGGAACAAAUUCUUCAACAGAUCCAUAGAGACGAUAGAUAAAGUUAUGGCUACAACUAGAACGGAUGGGCGGGCUAUAUACAUAUACCAUGCACAUACACCAUACUAUAUAAUAAUAUAUAUAGGGAGGCGUGUGGCUCUUAAAGAGUCCAGAGCAAUCAAUAAUAUAUUAUCGAAUCGAACAUUUUUAUUCGCUCGCGUGUCUCAUUAUUUUUUUUUUUUUGGAUAGGCCUUAAGCUUUAAUUUAAAGAUUUCAAACGUAAUAAUUUUAGUAAUUUAAAUUAUUUUUAAUUAUGCUAUUUUUUUACAACUUUUUUUUUCAAACAUUGUUGUACAGUGCGCCUUGAAAUCAUAUGAUCUAGAUUGUAUACUUAUACAGACAUAUACAUAUAUAGAUAUAUAUAUAUAUGAACAUAUAUAUAGAACUGAGAAGACAUUCGAUUUGGUCGAUCGAAAUGUCAUCGUAUCUUCCAGUAAAUGAAACGAAAACUUACACAUUUAGCGCAAAUUAUCAAUAACUUAUCGUUAAUAAAAAUUUAGGAAUAAUUCCCAGCCCUUUUCCCCCUUCCCUUACAUUUUACUUUCUCCAAGUAUAAGCAUAUAGAAUAUAGAAACAACAUCAAACAUAGAAUAAGCAUACAUAUAUGUGUAGUAUAUAGUACAAGCAUAACGAGCACAUGCUUGUGUUUCAUUGACUUAAGUUAGCAGCUUAACUUAAGCGCAAAACAAAAAAAAAGACAAAAAAACGUUUUUACUACUAUUAAGUUUUAUAAAUUUUAUUAUAUGACCAAUCAAUUUUGAAGUUAAUUAGUUUCAAAACUAAAGUGCUUAUAAACAACCACAAUUCCAAUAAAAAAAGUGUUAGCUCUAUACAUAUACACGAAUUAUAUAUACAAGUAAA